CAGUUGUAUAGCCUGAAAUCAGUCGCUAUGGCGUCACGAAAACGGCCCAAGAAGAAGGAUGGCAGCAACAGCAAAGCAGCGCCACCACCAGCGCCAGCGUCCUCUUCAUCGUUGGGGAUCAAAGUGUUGACAAAGCCAUGGCCAGAGGAUGUGGAUAUUUCUGUGCAAGUGGCGCUGCUGAACGCCGUGCAGCGAUUCGACGAACAGUUUGAACGAGCCAUGACAUUCAAGUUUGAUGCCGACAGCGGGUACCCCAUUGACCCAGACACCGGAUAUUACUUUGUGCCGGAACACAAUCUCUUCUUCGAUGCCAGCUCCCAAUGCUACCUCACAUACCAAGACGGAUCGUACCACUACCACUCCACCGUGGCAGCAAUACCUGACGAGCAGCAGGAGGACGCGGCCAAUGGCGCCGAUGUUGACGAGGGUGGGCCAACCACCACCGCCCAGCCGUCAUCUGCCGCCGGCACGCGCUGCAUGAGUCUUCUCGUCACGGCAUCCGAUGUUGUUCCCGUCGGGUCCUGCGUCCCCAUCACUACACAGGGCGUCAUCGUCGGCAGACGAGAGCCGGAGGCAAACGUGUGCGUGCCAGACCAGCAGCUGUCGCGGCGGCACUGCCACAUCACAUACCGCCCGGACCUGAGCAGUCAUUGGCCCUUUGUCAUCACAGAUAUGGACAGCAAGAACGGUACCAUGGUCAACGGCGAGUGGCUCGAGCCGGCUGGGCGGGAUAAGGAUGCUGUUCCUCUUCGCCACGGAGACGUCAUUGAAGUCGGCGAGUCAACCAAGUUUGAGGCGCACGUGCACGCUCAUAGCGGGUACUGUGAGAAGUGCCGACAUGCGUGGGUGUCAUCCGAACAGCAGCAGCAGCAGCAGCAGCAUCAGCAGGAUGGCAGCAGUGGCCCCACGCUGUCAGCGGCACCGACAACAUCGUCGCGCGUCUAUGCAUAUGUCCCUGGGGAGUCACUUGUUGACCGCAACAGCGAGGUGAAGCACAAACAGCGGCAGCUCAAGCGCGAGAUCAUGCAGGAGGACGCACGGUCCAGACCACAGGACCAGCAGCAAUCGGCAGAGACAGCCCAGCGCUAUGUGGACCGAGCACAGAUUCGGCGCCAGACUGUUGGCAGUGAGCCCAUCAUGGAUGAAGACAUGGAGGAGCGAUAUGCCCCGCCCACCGUCCACGCCACGGAACAAACCCCCAUAUCUGGCGACAACGUUGGCCGGCGCCUGCUCUCCAAGAUGGGGUGGUCUGGCACAGGUCUUGGCAAGGACGAGCAGGGCAUCGCCGAGCCCGUGCGCGUCAAGAAAAACAAGUCGCGAGCAGGCCUUGGCAUGUGAGGAGAAGGCAGAGACGACACGUGUGCGUCUGCCUGGUAUUAAACGAACACUUCUUGAG